GAAAAAGAGUAUAGAGACGCAGUAUAAUUGGUUAAUAAUUCGAUAGACACAUUUGUAGACACAUGGACAACGCACGCACACACACACACACAUACCUACAAACAUAAACACAAAGUAAUACAUUCAAACACAAAAUUAUAGGGAUUUGUAAACUCACACAUACACAUACUCACCAUAAGCCGUACUCACGCACACACACACACACACAGGUUGGUGUGUGUACGUACAUGUUUGGGAUCUGCUGAAAUAUAUUUCAUUUAACAGAUUUACUUUCAGCGAUUCACAACAACAGAGAAAGCUCACUGUCUCACAUUCACGGUGUGUGUUUCACUGUGAUUCUUUUCUCUAGUUUGCUGUUUUCUACAUUUCUGAAGAGAAGAAAAAAGAUUCUUUAUUUUUUUUUCGUGAUCCAAUUUUUGUUUUAAAAAAUAAUUUUCGUCUUAUUUCUGCAAUAAAUUAACUGAAAAAGAAAAAAAAUAAGCGAAAUUUGAUUAUGCAUAAGCUAUUUUCGUUGUUCAUUGGGAACAGUAUUUAAAUUUGCCGGUUGUUAAUUCAUUGAAACAUUGAACCAAUUUAACAUUGAACAGCAAUUAUUGUUAUGCAUCAAUUAUCAAUAGUUAAUUUAUUCAUUCGUUAAAAAACAUGUCUGUCAAUAAAUCUAAUAAAUCAGCGUGUUUACCUGCAAACAUCUACUGUGAGCACACAUACGAUCGAUAUAAAGAGGAUGGACUCCGAUUACUUGAAAAAUAUAUGCCCUAUUUAAAUCCAGAGACUGGUUUACGUAAUCGAAUGAUUACUCGUGAUCCUGUAACUGGUUUAGGCGAUUUAGAAGCUGAAUGGAAUCCUUUAAGCGGAUGUCAUAUCAAUAGAAAAACAUUUCCACAUCGGGAUCCAAUCACAAUGCAAGGUGAUCUGGGUACUGAGUAUAACUGUUUAUAUACAACUAAAGAAUUGUCAUGCAAAUCGCGUGUUAAUUCAACAGGUACAAAUCAGGCUAACAAUAACUAUUAUGAAGAACAGUUGAAUAGCGCAAAUAACGAAACUAACAAUAGUGAUAGUAAUAAUAAUAAAAAUAACAAUAACAGAAGUAAUAAUAUUUCUGAUCAAGAUCGUGAUCCAGUAACCCUUCAAGGGGAUUUAGGCGAAGAAGUUGAUUUCUUUCGACCACACGGUGGUAAACCAAGGCAUAGGAUUGAAAAUAACAUUAAUACCAUAAGACGUGAUCCUAUCACUGGUACUGGAGAAAAUGGUCGUGAAUCAGAAUCUGUGCGUCAAUACAAUGGUAGAUUAUGUAAUGGAGAAAGUUCAAAAAGAUAUUCUUAUCUUGCAACGGAUCCAAUAACACAUUCACUGCCAGAGACAAAACUUGUUCGAUCACAGUCUGUAAGACAUUACAAAGAAACAUGGGCUACACGUGAUCCAAUCGGUUAUAUGCAUAGAGCAAGUAUAUCAUACAGAACGGAUAGAGCUCGUGGAAUGAGACACUUUCAAAACAAUAACUACAACAGUUCUACUACUAGUAAUAACAAUAAAAUUAGUGAUCCUAUUACUCAUCGAUAUUCAAUUCACCGUCCAUCUUUUAACAACAAUACUCCUUCAAAGUGUAAUUCCAGUGCUUCUAGAGUGAAUAUUGAUCCAAUUAAACAUCAAACAAAAGUGAAACAAUCAUCAAAUCAAUUAGUUUCGUCAACAUCAGCUGAACCAAAUGAUGAGACAACAUCUACAACAACUAUUGAUGACUGCAGUGAAAUGUCCAUAGAUGGUAAUCAUAAUAGUAAUCAUAGUACUACAUCGACAGUUCGCGAGGAUAGACGUCUACGAAGAGCUAUUCGUAAUCCUAUCACUGGUGAAGGCAUGUAUGACAGUGAUUAUAUUGACCUAUUGAAAUUACCAAGUGAAUAUUAUUUUCGAAGAAAUCGUGACACCAGUUCAUCGAUAUUAGCUGCUGUAACACCAACAACUACAAAAAAGGCUGUAGUGCCUAGUCAAAAAGAAACACCUGCACCAAUUAAACCAAUUGCUCAUAAACCAGCACCACAGACACCAUCACAACAACAUAAAGCACCAGAACCGAAAUUACCGUCGAGCAGUACCACUCCAGCAGCACCAGCUCCAGAGAAAAAAGUUGUCCGUCCGAAGAAAGUUGAACAACUACCACCACCACCUGUGGAAAAAAAGCCCACUACUCCACCUGAAAAACAACCAGUCGCAGAGAAAAAAUUAUCAGACAGUAAGCCAACUUCAUCACCACAAAAAACAACUACUGAUGUAACUGAACAACCAUCUAAGAACGACGUCUUACCGAAAGAACCAGGAGAACCUCCUGUAGAAACAAGUAGUUCUAUUCUACUACAACCAAAAACUGAGAAAAGGCAACCAGCUGAAGAUCAAACACCUAAAUCACUCAGUGAGGAAUUAGAGUUAGCCGCGGCCGGACAAGUUUCUCCACAAUCUACACCAACGACGCUAGAUGACGUUAAAACACCAACAGAAGUAGUGAAUGAAGCAACUCCACCGCCUACCAGUAACACACCAUCGACACCACCUGCCAGUAAGACGCCUUCAACACCCCGUACGAGUGACACACCCUCACCACCGGCUGCAAGUAAGACGCCUUCGCCACCCCCUGCGAGUGACAUGCCUUCGCCACCCCCUACCAGCAACACACCUUUGCCAGUGUCUACCAGCGAGACGCCCUCACCACCACCGGCAGUAACACCCACCGUAGAAGCUAAAGCACCCCAACCGACCGAAGCUGAUGCUCCGAAGACAGAUACUUCGCCGCCAUCACCACCAGAGUCCCCAAAAGAAGCACCAAAAACAGAAUAGACAUGCGUAAUUCCUAUAACACAUGUUCUUCUCUGGUUUAGUAAUACAAGUGCCUGCUGAUCAGAUCAUUCUCAUACUUUUUAUCGGAAGAGAACUUCUCUUUAAUUCUUUUUGAGUGGUGCAUUUCGUUAUCAGUUAUAUUGUUUCCUGUUUAAACGUACCUAACUAACCCCGGGUGAUGGACCCCCUCUCCCCCCUCUUUCUUUCGAUUUACUACUGAUUCAGAUAUUUUUAAACUUUCGGCAUGAGAAUGGAUCACAUAACUUUCGUAAAAAAUAUUUCCGAUAUUUCGUUAUAAUAACUCAGUUAUAAAAAAAACACAACCAAUAUUCUAAAAAUUUUCCAAGGGGAUAUCCACUGUGCAUGGCACACUUAAAAGAGAUUCAUUCCAUUUCUAAGGAAUUCAUAUAACUUAUAGUAAGUAUGUGAUGCAACAUACUGAGUUUCACAAAAGUCGUGAUGCCUUAUCAAUUUUUUCCGAUAUGAAAGUUAAUUUCUUAUGUUAGGAAUUCCAGAAUAAAGAAAAAUAGUUGAUAUGACUUAUACAAGUAAUACCCAACGCAAGAGAACUUUCUGGGCCAUUGAGAUAAGCCCAGAAAGACGAUCGGUUGUGCGUUAGACUUCAGUUAUGUCUGUUACCGGAUGACCACCGUCUUAAGUAGACAGAACUAAUAAGCUAGCUAUAUAUCAAAGACAGACUGGAAUCC